AAUUUAAAGCGUUCUCGAAAUAUAAACUUAAAAGAUCCCGCGAAAAGCUAAAAGAUUCGAGAAACAGGUUUUUCGACAAAGGUGGUUGCACAUUCAGAUUAGCUGACAGAAAUGCGAUGAGAAUCUCUUUGGAUUCGGACAGGCUACUCGGAUCUUUUCGGUAUAUCUCGGUAGAAUUCGGCUGGUUACGGAAAGAAUCGGAGGAGCGCGCGAGUCACUCGGGUGGCCGGGGGCCGCCAUUUUCCUCCAGUGAGGGAGAGAGUCGCGAGCGUACUCCUAGGAUCGCGGAGCGGUUUUUCGUCGGAUCGAGGGAUUUUCGCGAGCGCCGGGCGUCGGGCGGGCGCGCUGGACCCCAGGGCCCACUGAUAAGUAACGAACUGUCCCACGGGAGACCCACAAGUCACCCGUGGACACGCUAAAAGACGAGCCGAUCCAAGUCGAGUCGCGCGCCGUAGCCAAAGAGACACACACGCUUCGAGAACGCCGAGUGAGUGAUUGUGAUUUAGCAGUGUCCGCCAGUUAAAAUACGCGAAGCCUAAGGACCAGUGGAAACCAGGAAGUUAGUUCCCGACAGAAGUCGGCGUUCAACAAGUCGUGAUGCGUUGGAGGUUUGGCGGUCCCUGCCUAAAAACCGACCUAAAGUCAUCGUUGCAGAAAGUGUUUGUGUGACAAAACCACUAAGUGCAAGGACUCUUCACAAAGCGAAGAAAGUUAUCUUAAACAAGAAGGGUAUAUUAAAACUCCUAAAGCAGGAGAAAAGCCAACUUAUAUUGAGAGAUCGGGAACAAGAGUGAAAGGUAUAAAAAUAGGGGGGGCUGUCUGACCGAUGGACAAGCGGAAGAUGAUGCCCAAACGCCCUCGAAUGGAGACCAUGAGGGGUCCAAUUGCUAAUGGACCCAUUCAGACUCGACCUCUGGUGGCCCUACUGGAUGGCCGGGAUUGUUCUAUUGAGAUGCCCAUCCUUAAGGAUGUUGCAACGGUGGCCUUUUGCGAUGCACAGUCCACCUCAGAAAUACAUGAGAAGGUACUAAAUGAGGCAGUUGGUGCACUCAUGUGGCACACUAUAAUUCUGACAAAGGAAGACCUCGAAAAGUUCAAAACAUUACGAAUUAUCGUAAGGAUUGGUUCUGGUGUCGAUAAUAUCGAUGUCAAAGCUGCCGGUGAGCUCGGCAUCGCAGUGUGCAAUGUGCCUGGCUAUGGAGUUGAGGAAGUAGCUGACACCACUCUUUGCCUCAUUCUCAAUCUAUACCGACGUACAUAUUGGCUCGCGAAUAUGGUUCGCGAGGGCAAAAAAUUCACAGGACCUGAACAGGUCAGAGAGGCUGCACAAGGAUGUGCAAGGAUACGGGGUGACACUCUGGGCAUAGUUGGAUUGGGUAGGAUUGGAUCUGCAGUAGCACUGCGUGCUAAGGCCUUUGGCUUUAACGUCAUCUUCUACGAUCCGUAUCUUCCUGAUGGAAUCGAGAAAUCACUUGGCCUCACCAGGGUGUAUACAUUACAGGACUUACUGUUUCAAUCAGACUGCGUAUCUCUGCACUGUACCUUGAAUGAGCACAAUCAUCACCUAAUAAACGAAUUCACCAUCAAACAGAUGAGACCAGGAGCAUUUCUGGUGAACACGGCACGAGGUGGUCUUGUGGACGAUGACGCACUUGCCGCGGCGUUGAAACAGGGUAGAAUUCGUGCAGCAGCACUGGACGUCCACGAGAACGAGCCGUACAACGUCUUUCAGGGUCAGUCCGCGCAAUGUCCUUUGAAAGACGCUCCGAAUCUGUUGUGUACACCACACGCUGCAUUCUACAGCGACGCUAGCUGCACGGAACUUCGUGAAAUGGCUGCCAGUGAGAUACGGCGGGCCAUCGUAGGUCGUAUACCUGACUGUCUACGAAACUGCGUGAACAAGGAAUAUUUCCUCUCCACCGCUGGCAGCUACCCCGAGGGGAUCAACGGCGGAUACUAUGCGGGAGCACUGCCCGUCCAGCAGGCGCACUCGACGACUCCCCACGACUCUGCACCCCCACCUCCUGGGGGGCACUCCGUAGUUGGUGGUGGUGCUGGUGGGGGCGGUGGCGGUUCGAACCCUCCGGCAGCGCCUGCCGGGGGUCCAACAGGCCCCACGGGCCCAACGGUAGGCGCCGGCGGGGCUGGGGGCCCUGCUUCGGCUCCCCCUGCUGCCGGGUUACCCGGACUACCCCACAGCAUAGUGAGCGAGCCUGACCCCCGGCCAAGCCCACCUGCUCCGAGUCCCCGUUGACCUUGAACCCCCGAACCCCGAACUCUACUCCAGCACCACCCUCUGACCUAACCUACCCCCUAGCCAUUCGCACACGACCUCCGACGACAAACAGCUGAUUGACUAACGUGUGUCGUGCACGACGUGCCCCAAAAUCUGUCCGCUACUUCCGAGAAACUCGAGAGAUCCAUCCUUGAGAGAGAGAGAGAGAGAGAGAGAGAGAGAGAGAGAGAGAGAGAGUGAAAGAAAGAAUGAAUGAAAGACCGAAAGCAAGAGAACGAGCGAAAGGAAUAGCGUGAAAGUGAAUGAAAGGGAUUGUAUGACAGAGUGGGAGAGACAGAGAGUGAAAGUGAGAAUCAGAGAGAACGUGUCGUUUCGCAUUUGAAUUUUGCGUUCCUCAAUCUUUAACAUUAAAGAGAGCUAUUCGUAUCUCCGUAAGCAGAUCAAAUACAGUACGGGCUAGUAAAGAUGAAACAUUCCCAUUGGACAUCUGCAGUGAUACAUGCAGACUAUAUAUUUUUGGUUGAGAGCUGCUGCUUCUGAGGAUUAAAAAAAAAAUGGUCUUCUUUCAUAGAGCAUAGAUGUCUUGGUCUUACGUCAUGUCAUACAUUUCAAUCGUACGCCUUUAUCGUUACGAGAUCGCCUUUAUCGGACAACCAGUAUUCCAAACAAGUGUUCCUUGACUUCCAGAAUAUAUUCCGCUGUUUCGUAUCCCAUAAACAUCUCCAGGCAAUUGAUUCGGGUAGCUAUUAUCGUAAUACUAAUCAGAGUCGACGAGUGACAGAAGAAACAACUGCAAACAUUGAAUGGAUGCGCGGGCAAUAGAAGCUCCAUUUUCAAAUCUCGAUCCACCUCUUAUUAAAUUUUUAUCCAUUUGAAGAGCACGAUCAACUUAUAACUUGUCUAUUUCUCUCUCUUGCUCUUACUCGACGUUUCAAUAAGUUUGAAAUAGUAUUUUUUAUAGACUCCAUACAUAUACUUGUAGCAAUUUCUAUACUUGCAAUAAAAAAAAAAAAAUAGAGAAAUGUACGUCAUGUAUUACUGUGGCCGGUACUGUAUUUGAAUCUAUGACGCCGCUGGCUCAACUGUGAUCACUCGACAUUAAAGUUCUCAAUCUCAGAAUGAAAUCGCAAAGUCUUUGUCGCACUUUUAAUUGCGAUAGAAAUUUUAAACUGUACGAAAACGUAUCUCUGUAACUCUUCUGUCGGGCGUCACGGUUCGCCGUAGCGUUUAUUAGCAAAUUGAAACACCCCCGAUACUCUCGCCCUUUUUUCUCCAAAUCCAAAAGCACGUGAUUGGAGUGCCAGAAGACACGCGCGGACGACCCGGGCCCUUUUCAAUCGGCUACCAUGGAAUCCUGUCACCGGCAAUCUAACAGAAUCGUCGAGGAGUCCGCAAACGCAACGUCCACACUGAUCUUCGACGCGAAGAGCGCACCGAGGAAGCGAUUAUUCGAGUACAAUGUGGUAGUUCUUAUUAGCGUGCGAAGGAAUAGAUAUACUAAAAUGGGAAAAAGAUCGAAAAACAAAAGAAAACGAAAAGAGAGAAAGUUAAGAGACAAUGCGAACACUCGAGCGCUUGCGACGGAACACCAUUUUAUUCACCUGUAUUCUGUUAAGUAUCCGCAAACGUGCGCCGGCGAACUUUGUAAUUCCCUAAACCGCUUUGCAAUGUACAGAUUGAAGUUUCACUAUAGUAAUUUGUAGGUCACUCAUAUUUGCGGAUAUGUAACGAACGGAUGCACUUUGGGCUUUAUUGUAUCGUUUGGCGGUACGUCGGGAGGAGCGCGAGCACCGCGUAUAAUUCUUGCCAUUUACGUAAUUGGUCGAUCGAAUGAUUUACGUGGUGCUCUUGCGAAAUCCUCAAAGCAGACCACGUCGUGGCGGUACGAGCUGCUACUGUGGCGGCCGGCCAGUAACUCGCUGUAAUUGUACGCAAAUUGAGAACACGUUUUGGAACGUACAGUAGUGCUAGAGUAACGACGAGAGUGCGUUGGUAAAUGGGCGCGCGUAACUCCUGUCCUUCUGCUCCAUAUUGAACCUUUGGCCCUCGACCUUAAUGUUCUCGAACCUUCCAAUCCCCGACUCUCCUCUCUCUCUUCUCCCACUCCCUGCCCGUUAGAGUAUUUCUUUUGUGUUUCUGAGAAAACGAAACCGAAUGCUACUUGAGCUUUUUUUUUUUUAGUGAACUUAUUGAUGAACUGUUUUUUUUUUUUUCGUUUUUUUUUCCCCCCGUGAGCGAGGACGUGCGAGAAAGGGAGAGCGACAUUGUGAAUAUGCAAGGGUGAAUGGAUGAAAGUACGAGAGAGUGUGUAAGAGAGAGAGAGAGAGAUAGUGUGAGCGAACGUGCGAGAGAGUGAAAUAGAACGAGCAGAAACAAGUUUUAUUAAUUGAUAAUUAUAAUAUGAUUAGUUAUUGUAUUAAGUAAAGUAAGGCGAUGUUACGAACACUUGAGUAUAUUAUCGAGAGGUGAAUCAUUGAGGUGAAAAAUGGAGCGAGAGAGAAAGAGACGACGGAAGAUAUGGACAAUUUUUUGAGAAAAAUUAUGGAAAGCGAUAAUAAUUAAAUAAAAAAUAUGGGAAAAGAAAAUCUAUUUUAGAGACACACAUAUCUAUUCGGUUUUCUUUUUAAAUCUGUUUUUACGUUUGAAACGAGAGACAUGGCGAAAGGCGGUGAAUCGUCGAGAACAUUUGUCGUGUGGGCCUCACCAUGGUGCAGAACGAACAUUUGUGCCCGGCCACGUGGCUCCGAGAUUUGUCGAGGCGGUAAAUAAAAAUUAAGAGAGAAAAAGAAAUAGGGCAAUGAUUAUUGGGACAUGCGUAUUCAUGAAAGUGAGGCUAUUAAGAGUAAUCAUUAGAACCUAUGACAAUGUACUCUGAAAGUUUGAUCGGAAGCUACAAAGCUACAUCUGGAUAUAUUUCAGUAGACGUGUUUACGGAUUUGAGUAAUUAUUAUUAUUAUACACGAUCCUUUGACAAUUAUAAAAGAACACGAGAUUUGAACAUGAGAGUGAGAGACCAAGAGAAAGGAAGAAAGAGAGCGAUGAUAGGGAGCGUGUGAGAACGGUGAGAGCGCUAGAGAGGGAGAACAAAAAUCAUUCCAACUGGUAUGAGGAAUCGGACCGAAAAUAUAUGAAACAAAAUACUAAAAAGCACAUUCGAGAUCGUCAUGGCGCGCGAGGCGAUAACGUAUAAAAGUGGCAAAAAUAAAUAAAUAAAUAAAAAAAACGAAGCAUCACACGUUACACGAAAAGUUACACGCGCACAUUACUCUAAAUAGCCACGUAUAGAGACAUACAUAAUACUAUUAUACAUGUAACACAAAUGAGACGUGCGUACGAGGCGAUAGAAGCGUAAAGGAAUACAGAGAUAUACAACACUGACCACACAGAAGCAACAACAGCAACAACAACCGAAUAUACAUUUUUAAAUAGAAAUACGCUACGUACAUAAAUACACGAGGUACCAGUGCGCAGCUGCACGGCGAGCUCAUCCCCUCUGCUCUCUUGAUGCUUGCUUAUCUUAUGGGAGAACUCCAAAUUUUUCUUUUUAAACAAGAGGGUAGAAGGGACCGGAUACGUUCCUGCAGAUUCGUAUGGGUACAUAACGUAGAAACAUUAUACAUACUGUUUUUGUCUUCUUUUUUUUUUUUUCAAGAAUAUUAUUACUUAUAAAUACAUCAUUAUAUAUAGUAAGAACGAGAGAGAGAGAGAGAGAGUGUCUGUGAGAGUGAAUGAAAGUGAGUAAGACAGACAACGGUGUGAAAGCGAAUGACGAGCGAUAGCGAAUUUCUGAGAGAACGAAAGAGAGAGAGAGAGAGAGAGAAUUUCUGUUGACGAGUGAAAUGAUAUAAACGAUAAAGAAACAAAGAAAAAAUAUGAAUGAAAUCGAAGUACGCUACGAUGAAGAAGAAACGGAGUUGUUCUUAUAUAGUUUUAAUUGUGAGAAAAGAAAGAAAGAGGCAAAUUUAAUGUGAUGAAAAAAAAAAUGCAGUACGUAAUGACUUCCACCGUUAUAUUUCCAGCCCCUAUUCCUUCUCCUCCUUCUACACCUUCAUUCCCACAUGUCUUCUCCUUGCGAAACCUCUUAUCGUCCCUCGAAAAUCCUUAUCCUUCUUAUCUCCAUUCUUCUUAGCUCCUGUGAGUCAAUCCCGAGUGUGCGUAUGCGUGUUGCUUGCGUGGGUGCGUAAAAAAAAAUAGAGACAGAAAAUUGCAGCCGAA